GGCGCUCUGCGAGGCUGAAGCUGAGCUGAAAGGCCACCACAGCCGUGUUUACCAGAUUAAUACUUAAAUUUUCUGGCUUUAAGGACCUAGGAAAUAAUCCCUGCAGGUUUGAGCUAUCUGGAAGAUGAAGCCCUGGCUGCAGUUGUUCGUUACCUGUAUUUUCUUGAUCUGGCACACAGAAGCAGAGUUCUUCACCUCCAUAGGUCAAAUGACAGACCUGAUUUACGCAGAGAAAGACUUGGUACAGUCUUUAAAGGAAUAUAUCCGAGCAGAAGAGAGCAAGCUCGCUCAGAUUAAAAGCUGGGCUGAAAAAAUGGAGGUACUGACUAGCAAAUCAACCUCUGAUCCGGAAGGGUACCUAGCACAUCCCGUAAAUGCGUAUAAGCUGGUGAAGCGCUUAAAUACUGACUGGCUGGAAUUGGAAAACCUGGUUCUUCAGGAUACCACAAACGGCUUUAUUGCAAAUCUUACAAUUCAGCGCCAGUUUUUUCCAACUGAAGAAGACGAGACUGGAGCUGCGAAGGCUCUGAUGCGCCUGCAGGACACGUACAAACUGGAUCCUGAAACUCUAUCUCGAGGAGAUUUACCUGGGACAAAAUAUAGAUCCUCUUUGACAGUAGGUGACUGCUUUGGUAUGGGGAAGACCGCUUACAAUGAUGGAGACUACUAUCACACCGUGCUCUGGAUGGAGCAAGCCUUAAAACAACACGACGAGGGGGAGGAUACAACAGUCAGCAAAGUAGAGAUCCUAGAUUAUCUCAGCUAUGCUGUUUUCCAAUUUGGGGAUUUACACAGAGCCAUGGAGCUUACCAGACGUCUGAUAUCCCUCGACAGUGCUCAUGAGAGAGCAGGCAGUAAUCUGCGGUACUUUGAGAAGUUGGUGGAGAAGGAGAGAGAGGAAGAGGAGAAAGAGAAAUCAGUGAACAAGACCAACACAACGACAGAACCAGUGGUGCAAAGUGGUGCCUACGAGAGGCCUCUUGACUAUUUGCCAGAACGUGACAUCUAUGAGGCCCUUUGCAGAGGUGAAGGGGUAAAAAUGACACCUCGAAGACAAAAAAGGCUGUUUUGUAGGUACCACGAUGGAAACAGAAACCCUCAUCUGCUCAUAGCUCCCUUCAAGGAGGAAGAUGAAUGGGACAGCCCUCAUAUUGUACGAUACUAUGAAGUCAUGUCUGAUGAAGAAAUUGAGAAAAUUAAACAGCUAGCUAAGCCAAGGCUGGCACGAGCCACAGUACGUGAUCCCAAAACCGGUGUCCUUACAGUGGCUAGCUACAGGGUAUCAAAAAGCUCAUGGUUGGAGGAAGAUGAUGAUCCUGUUGUAGCCAAGGUGAAUCAACGAAUGCAGCAGAUCACUGGGUUAACAGUGAAAACAGCUGAACUAUUGCAGGUGGCCAACUAUGGAAUGGGAGGGCAGUAUGAGCCACACUUUGAUUUUUCUAGGAAAGAUGAGCCAGAUGCUUUCAAGCGGUUAGGGACUGGAAAUCGUGUGGCCACUUUUUUAAACUAUAUGAGUGAUGUAGAAGCUGGAGGAGCUACAGUUUUCCCAGAUUUCGGGGCAGCAAUAUGGCCCAAGAAGGGAACAGCAGUGUUUUGGUACAAUCUUUUCAGAAGUGGUGAGGGCGAUUAUAGAACGAGGCAUGCAGCUUGUCCAGUACUAGUAGGAUGUAAAUGGGGUAAGUAAUACUCCUUUAGGAACAAAACCUGAAGGAAGCUUCAUGUGUGUAAUAAAACCUCCCACCAUCAACAUUAUGUAGUAUUAAGCACCUGUGUUGUUCAGCUGUAGCUUUUCUAGUGGGUUUGGGUUUUUUGUCAAUGACAGCACAAAAUGUUUAAGAAUGUCACCGGGUUUGUGUAGUGUAUCAGCAUCAGGGUGACUUGAAUUAUCACUCGACUAGAAUCGGGUCUGUUCCUACAAAGACUUGUGCGUCAUUUUAACUGCAGAAGGAGGGGAGCUCCUUGUAGGGUAAAUGUGAAUGUCUGGACACAGAUUUCUGCUAACUGCUGAAAGCUGCUCAAGCUUUGUCCUUUCCCAUAGCCACCUCCCCCAGGCUCCAAGGUGUUCCCUUGAAGCACCAGAGGGUGCUGAUCUGUAAAUGAUCACUGCCCCAUCACUGUUAGCCCCAGAACGAUGCAACUUGAAAGAUUCUUUCUUCCCUGGCCCUUUGCAUCUUCCCAUGUCUUUCCGACUGGAUGGGUAGAGGUGUAAGCAGGGAUGCUCAGACAGAGAGAAGAGAUUUUACUUGAGGUGACCAUCUGGGUUGUGGUGAUACGUGCACUGGCUAUGUGGCGGGUAACUAAUUUCACAUCC